AUGGCAGCGGGGCAGCUACGCACCUAUGCGCCCGCGUCGUAUCGUCUCGUGCCCUUUCUGUGGGGCACCCACCCCAAUCCCGCGUGGCAGCGUCACAGGGAUGGCCCUCGUUUCGGAUCUGUGGUCAUGAUUGGAGGAAAAAAAUUGGCACGUGACGAGGAUGAAGAAGUAGAAACCAGAACGCCCACUGCCACUGAUGUUGAUUCUGAAAUGGGGAAGCUCCAAUCAAACUUAACCCCAUCCACUGACUGCCAGCAUUUACAUUUUCAGGAUGGAGUAGACCAUGGAUUUAUUUCUUGGAGAUUAAGUGAGAGAGAGAGGAUUGGAGAAUUAGGAGCUCCUGAAGUAUGGGGACUUUCUCCAAAGAACCCUGAGCCAGACUCUGAUGAACAUACACCAGUAGAGGAUGAAGAGCCAAAGAAAAGCACUACUUCAGCAUCAAGUUCAGAAGAUGAAAAGAAGAAGAAGAAGAAGUCAUCUGGUCAUUCAAAAGAAAGGUCUAAGAAAAGGAGAAAGAAAAAAUCAUCUAAAAAAAAACACAAGAAGUAUUCUGAAGACAGUGAUAGUGACUCUGAUUCUGAAACCGACUCCAGUGAUGAAGAUACAAAAAGGAGAGCAAAAAAGGCUAAGAAAAAGGAAAAGGAAAAGAAAAAGAAACGCAGAGCGAAGAAAUAUAAGAAAAAGAAGUCUAAGAAGAGCAGAAAAGAGUCUAGUGAUUCAAGCUCAAAAGAUUCUCAAGAAGAAUUCCUGGAGAAUCCCUGGAAGGAACGAGCAAAGGCUGAAGAACCAUCGGAUUUAAUUGGCCCAGAGGCUCCAAAAACACUUGCUUCUCAAGAUGAUAAACCUUUGAACUAUGGCCAUGCUCUGUUACCUGGUGAAGGUGCAGCAAUGGCUGAAUAUGUAAAAGCUGGAAAACGUAUUCCACGAAGAGGUGAAAUUGGCUUGACCAGUGAAGAAAUUGCAUCAUUUGAAUGUUCCGGUUACGUAAUGAGUGGUAGCAGGCAUCGCCGAAUGGAGGCCGUGCGAUUGAGGAAAGAAAACCAGAUCUAUAGUGCUGAUGAGAAGAGAGCACUUGCGUCUUUCAACCAAGAAGAGAGACGGAAGAGAGAGAACAAGAUCCUGGCCAGUUUUCGAGAAAUGGUAUACCGAAAAACUAAAGGGAAGGAUGACAAAUAAAAGAUUUUUUCUGACUUUUCAGCAGACUUUUUAACAACAACAAAAUUCAUGGGUUCCACAGUAUUCCCUGAGCAAGCUUUACAGUGCUACCAUGCCUUCUAUUUAAUUCUUUUCAGUCCUUCCAUUAAAAAUGGCUUCUUA